AUGGGAACUUUUAAGCAGCAUGUACAAGAAGAUUUGUCUGUGAUAGCUGUAGGGGCUUUUUUCUUCCGGCAGCUGCAAAUGGGCUGGGCCGCCGUAAAAGGGAAAUUGCUGAAAUUGCCCCUGUGUCUGAGUGCGAAAAUCGAGCCCCAAAAGCGCUUCGAAAGGGCAGUAGAACCUUAG